UUAGUGAUUGUUAUUACGUAUAACAAUCGAAUGAAGUCAUCAUUUUGUAAUUAUUGGCAAACAAGAUUUGCAAAUGAAUCACACUACAAUAAAAUCCUGGCUGUCACGCGGUGAAUUUGAAAAACUUGAACAUGUUGUAUUGGAAGGCCGUGGCGCCCGUUUAUUAGGCGAACAUUCACCAGAUCUUAAAACUCGAGCAUUUUUACGAUCUCUUCCUAAUUAUUUGACGAAAAUAAGUCAAGUUCACGAUACGAUACCACGUGGGUCAUUAGAAGAGCUGAAAAAAUUUUUAAGCGAUGAACCUAAAAAAAAAUAUGCUUUUGCUAAAGACACUUCCGGGACGCCAUUGUUACAUAAAGCUGUUUACUUUGAUCAUCAAGAUAUUGUCGAGUGGUUGAUACAAAAUUAUCCAAAUACAGUUCGUCAAAAAGACCGAGAAGGCAGGACAGCGUUACAUUAUUGCGGCAAUUGCAAAGAACCAGAAGUCAUUUGGGAUUUAUUAAUUGAUGCUGGAUGUGACGCGAGUAUUUGUGACAAACGUGGACAUCCUGCGGCUUACUAUCUUCAGCGCGCUGAUAAAAUAGAAUUAUCUGAGCCCGACAAAAUGGACGAGCAUAAAUUUUCAAACAGAAAUGAAGUUUUGGAUGUCAAGCCAUCAAAUAUCAGAAUAUGGAUCCAUAAUCGCGAUAUUAAAAAACUGCAACAAGUUUUAUGGGAAGGCCAUGGCUCUAAACUUCAAUGUGAAAUAAGCAACAAUCCGCGUGUCAGAAAAUUUUUAGAAGCUGUUCCUUUUAUUAUGGUUACGAUAAAGCAAAUUCAUCAAGCGGUUGUUAAAAAUGAUUUAAAUACUUUGCAAGAUAAAAUUGCUGAUCCUGUAUCGCCGAUAAUACUUUCGGCUAAAGAUAACAAUGGAUUAAAUCCUUUGCAUAAGGCUGCAGGUCUAGGUCAUUUAGAAAUAGCGACAGAAAUCGUUGAAAAGUUUUCCCAAGCGACUAUAGCUCAAGACAAUGAGGGUAAAACGCCAUUACAUUACGCCGCGGCUUUAAAAGAUGGCGGCGAUAUGUACGAUCUUUUAGUAGAGUAUGGCGCGGAUGAAAGUAAACUAGACAAUAAACAAAAAGCUGCUGGUUUUUAUAGAAACCGUCCAGGAGACAUUGACUUGUCUAAUUUGGUCGUGAUACCCGAUGCUCCCCGAGUGUCAGGUAAUGAGUACCCGAAAAAUUGGGACUGGAGAAUUUUGGAGUCCGAAAGCUCGAACCGCUCGAAAAAACGCAGUCCUGCUGAUAGCGCUUUUGGAAGUGCUGAGAGUACGAUGAAGAGUUCAAGCUCGGACGUAAUUGGGGAGGGCGAAGAACCAGCACCGGAAGAUGAUCCAGAGGCAGAACCUGAUCCUGAUCCUGAACCAGAACCUGAUGAAAAUCAUGAUCCAGAACCUGAUCCAGAAGAACCGGAACCUGAUGAAGAACCAGAACCUGAUGAAGAAGAACCAGAACCCGAUGCAGAAGAACCAGAACCUGAUGCAGAAGAACCAGAACCUGAUGCAGAAGAACCAGAACCUGAUGCAGAAGAACCAGAACCUGAUGCAGAGGAACCAGAACCUGAUGAAGAACCAGAACCUGAUUCAAAAGCAGAAGAACCAGAAGCAGAAGCUAAUGAAAAUGAAAAUGAAAAUGAAGAAGAAAAAAAUGAACCAAGUACUGGAGAUUCAGGUGUUGAUGAAAUAGCUGCCGACGAAGAUCAGGUUAUCGUUGGCGAGCAUGAAGAACUGCCCGAAGCGGAGCUUAACGACGCGGGCAUGCCCGAUGACCCUGAAGUUGAAGAUCUUCUGGUGAAUGGUAACAUGGAACAACUCGCGGCCUUAGUCCUCAAUGGGGAAGGAAAACGUCUACUGGGCAGGCAAUCAGGAAAUCCAGAUCUCCAAGCAUUCAUCGAUAAUGUUCCUUCAUAUAUUGGCAAAAUUCACACGGUCCAUAUUGCGGCCAAAGAAGGAAACCUGAGAGAUUUGCAGAACGCAUUGGACAGACGUAAAUUCGCGAUUGCUAGAGACAAUACUUCGCCUCAUGGUGCGACGCCUCUGCAUGUCGCUGUCAUUUUUGGACACACGGCAAUUAUCAGAUAUUUAGCGGGAAGGUUUCCAGAAACAGCUCACGCAGUUGACGUCGAUGGUCGCACUGCCCUCCAUUACGCAGCAACUUUAGCAGACAAUGGUCACUAUUACAACCUACUCCUCCAUUUGGGCGCCAACCCGCUCACCAAAGACAAUUUCGAGCAUAAAGCCGACUUCUACCGCAAUCACCAGGAAGACCUAUCGCACAAACGUCUUCUACGGGAUUUCGGUGCUCGCGAAGAACUCGCGGACGAAAUGUUAACCGACAAAGUUGCGGGUGGUGACGUAUAUUCAUCACGACGUGACAUAAACGAAGCCGAUACCCUAACAAUGCUGGAGCGUUGUUUCCGUCUACUUGCCAGCAAUCACGACGGUGAAGAUUUUCCGAUUUUUCGUGAAGAAGAUGGACGUUAUUUAGCUUCCUCAUUGGGCGCACCGUUAAUUAAAGGAUUAACUGAAGUCGUAGACAAACGGCCUCAAAAUCCAGUGACGUACUUGGCAACGUAUUUAAAUAAUUUUGCAAGUAAAAGUCAGGAAAAUGAAUAUUCAUCUCCGAAAAGUGAUGUGUUAAUAAUAACUUCUGAAGAAUCAACUGAAAAAUAUGAUUUAGAAAACGGUAAUUUAGACGACGGUUAUCCGAAAAGUCCCGAGUCUUCAAUAUUACCCGAGUCUGCGUUCAUGGAAGCCUCUAGAGACGAACAUGGCCAGAGUCUAAUCCACUACUCAGCAGUAAGAACUCACCCAAAAAAUGGUUUCUUUCAUUUAUUACAAGAGCGUCAAAUAAAUAUCGCGCUAAGAGACGAAUUGUAUCGCACUGCACGCGACGUCGCUGAGGAAGCUAAUUUUUAUGAUAAUGUAGAAGAAAUCGAUCGUUUUGUUGUUUACUUGGCGGCCAGGGGAGAGACGGAUAAAUUAGUGGAAUUAUUACUGGAAGGUUACGAUCAUAUUCUAGACGCGCAGGAUGACGGUGUUAAUAUCGUCGACAUUUCCGCUGAACGAAAUCGACAUCCUACUGUACAAUUUUUGCAAACUAUAGAUAAUUAUAUUACGCAGAGAGAUGAAUUACACCGAGUUAUACGCGGCGGAGACUUGGAAUCGACUAAAAAAAUAUUUGAAAAAAAUCCUGGGGGAUCGACUUUGUUCGCGAUUGGUAAAAAUACAUAUGGAAGAUGUUCUUUGCAUAUCGCAGUACUAGGAGAACAUGUUGACAUCAUUCGAUAUAUUGCUGGAAAUUAUCCAGAGACUUUACGCAUCGGGGACAAUAUGGAAAGAACGGCUCUACACUAUGCCAUGGGAGUGCCUUCUGUUGAAAUAGUAACGAGUAUUUUAAUAAAAUCCGGUGCUAAACGAAUCCAAAAAGACAUCAAAUCACGGCAGCCAUCUUAUUAUUUUAUGGAUAAAACGGACAUUCAAAGAUUACAAGACGAAGAGCAAACGAUGCCUAAAUAA